GCAGAGCAGGUUUUGGUUUGCAAACAGUUCCUCUCCCAGCUAUCACAGCUCUUCCGAAAAACAGAGGAAAAGACGCGGAGGCAGCAGAGAGCAGAAGGACUAAAGAUGAAGUUGAAUGGCGCAUAUGUAGGCCUGGCCGGGCCCGGGGCAGACGAUGUAAGCGAUGCUGCGUGUAUGUGAAGCCUGGUGGGAAGCAGCAAGGAUGAGGACGUAACGUAAGGUCGACAGAGAGGAGCGCACAUGCUCGGACGGUAUCCCUCCUGACUGGACGCACGGACUAACCGGCCCAUGUCACCGCUGCGGGCAGUGGAUACGCUGUUUUCUCUGGGACGCUUUAAGAGUCUGCGGCCUGCUCGGCUCUACUGCAAUGCCACACAGGGGAGAGGAGGGAGAGGUGGAGGGGAGAAGACGGAGAAGUGGAAGCUAUAAAGGCGAACGAGUUUAGUAAAAAUGUGAGGAUUUAAAAGAGGGAAAAUAACCACAUUUGUGUGCUUGUGUUUCAAUCGGACUGCAUGGAAGAAUGGCACAAGUUGUAGGCCUGCUCGUGUGAGUUGCAGUGGCUUGUGAGCAGCAUGGGCUGAAAAAGACACGACCGACAACAACAAUCAUUGCAUCAUGGCCGAAACAUCAAAUGAGGUGAGUGAGGUAGAUGUGAUUGAGUAAGGGCUUGUCAAUUCUUUCUGCUGACAAAGUUCCUGGACUUACUGGACUGUAGUGCGCACCAUGGGACGUUGCGCAGGAAAUAUUGCACCGGCCAGUGGAGAGUUUUUGGCGCAUAACUGUGACAGAAUGGAGAUCUGAUGCCAGAUUUGGUCUCCCCCUCUGCUCUGCUGUGAUUCUGCCCACACAACUUGUUUCGUGAAACAUCUUCCAGCAUCUUUCACACACACACAAACACAGACCAGCCAAACAAUGCCUUCCCCGUCAGACUCCAGCAGUGUGGCUUCAGCCUCCGGGUCUCGCGGUUGGUCGGACAGCCGUAGAGGCAUGUCUGGCCGGGGGCCUGGGGGGGCACGCGUGCUCCUGUACCUGGGGCUGUGCCACCUGGGCCUGGGAGCCAUGGUGCUGGCCUUCUCCUUCACAAGCAUGGCCUUCACCUCCUCUGCUCGUGUGAGGCAGUCCUGCCCAUUCUGGGCUGGCUUCUUUGUGGUGGCAUCAGGAAUAGUAGGAAUAAUCUCAUGGAGGAGACCUCUAACACUGGUGGUGUCACUGUUCAUGCUGCUGUCUGCAGUGUGUGUGAUCCUCAGCCUGGCAGGCUCUAUGCUCUCCUGCCAGAAUGCACAGAUGGUCAAGUCUAUGCUUACCUGCCAGGUGGAGAAUGGCCUGUGUGUGUGCUGUGCACCAACCCACCCCUGCUCCAUGGAGGAGGAGGAUAGCCUGGUCCUUUACCUGAAUGUGGACUGCCACUCAGUCAGACAUCAGCUAAAAGACCUUUUAUUCAGUGCAUGUGGUCUCAGCAUUCUCUCCACCAUCAUUUGUACGCUGUCCACUGUGACUUGCAGUAUCCACAUAUUCUCCCUGGACCUCGUCCACCUGUUGGCCCCACACCGUUCCCGGUCCGUUAACCCAGAAUGCACCACUCCUCAGGAUGCUUUCCUGACCAACAUCAUGGACUUCGAGGAGUUCGUUCCCCCCAUCCCUCCACCCCCCUACUAUCCUCCUGAAUACACCUGCAGUUCAGAGACAGAUGCUCAGAGCAUCACCUACAAUGGCUCCAUGGAGAGCCCUGUUCCUUUAUACCCCACUGACUGCCCCCCUCCUUAUGAAGCUGUGAUGGGACAAAGAGCUGUCAGCCAGGCAACAGUGUUUGACCCUCAUGGCACUGAGCUGUCUGGAGAGAGAGGAACCUCUACAGCCUUCAGUGGUGAAGUGUCUAUGGACAGCGGAUCUCUGUUAAUGUCAGAGAUAGUGGACAUUCCUGAUGAUUCCUCCCCCUCCGAGGAUUCCUGUCUCAUGGAGGUUGGGCUGAGACAUCAGGGGGAGAGGAGCAACAGGACCAGUAGUGAGGGAGGGGAUGCAGGAGAGUACAUAAGCUUUCGUGGACCAGCAUCUCAAACGCCAGAGAGUCCUCUAGCAGGAGGACCGAGAGCCAAGCGAUUCAUUAAAGGGGAGAGGUCCAACUCCUGCUCCUCACCCAGCACAGCUAGCAACACAUACAGGUCACCUGUACUCCACCGCCAGGCCAUGCUAGCGAGUAGCUGCUCCCAGCUGGAAGCAAUAGGAACUUCCACUAAUCAACAACGAUCCUCCAUCCCAGAAAUUCGGGUUCGCCCUUCCACUCCGUCAAGCCAAGGUGCUGCCCCACCCUAUUCUGCUCCCUUUGCUUCAUCCACCUCGGUUGCCACUGAGGCUGGAAAUAGGCCACUGCUUCUAAACCAGCCUCUUUACCUGCGACGACUGGCAGGGAGAGGGGAAAAAGCUGGAGAGAACGUGAGUAGUGAAGGCUUCCUACGCCUUGUCAGGUCACACAGUGAGCCUGGCCUCAGCUCCUCUACAGACACAGUUGACUUCGGCUCUGGGGGCAGCAAAGCAUCUCCUGACACAGGCCCAUCCUCUGAGGCGUGUCUGUUACCCCAUAUUUCUUCACCUCCUGCUGCAGCUCUGCCCAGCAAAGGAAGUGUGAAAACAGCUGCCACAGGGGUGCAGGUCCCACCUAAACCUGCACCCACCUCACCAGUUCGUUUACCUAAAGACUGCCACCGUUCCCUCGCAGACCUAAAGGUUACUCGAGCGCUGGUGGCUCGCUUCCUCCAUCGCUCCAAACGUAAUCUAGCACCCUCGUCCGAACCUGCUGGGAACACCGUACAGGGACCGAAGAGGAGGAGUGGAACUGAGGCUGAUGCCACCAGCCACCUGCCCUUUGAACAAGUGUAUCGGACCCCUUGGAGCACUAGCCGAGGACACUCCACCCAUCACUCUCACCAACCUCAUCACCGUGGACACCACCACUCCCAUAGUGACAGCCGACACAACCGGCAUCGCAGCAGCCGGGCACCUGAGGGGAUCCACCUGCGCAGUUGUGGAGAUUUAAGCUCCUCCUCAGCGUCACUGCGGCGAUUGAUGACACCUCAUCCACCACACGGGUCAUCAGGCACUCUCUAUUCAGAGUCUGCACUGUGAAGGGGAGACGAGGCGACGGAGGGACAGAUGAAUGAAGAAGGAGGCACGCAGCAUGGCUGUGGUGAAAAUAGGAAGGGUUUUGGGGAGAAAAAAAACAUAAAAAAAGGGAUGUAAAAGUCUGCCCUCCUUUUUUUCCCCCCUUGGUCUCCUUCGUUGCCUGAAGCCAACUGUGCAGAUGGUAUUAUUUAGUGGUGCCACCAACAAGCAGUGGCUACAAGAUGCUUAUUUCUGACCAGCAUGGUCUCUUUUCAGUCAGAACACGCCAUGUAUUGUCCUACCAGAUUGCCAGAAGCAUCUCUAACCUUGUCCUCCUUUCAGACGUCAUCUGAAAAAAAACGCUAAAAACUGGACACAGAACUCAACUACUUAGCAACCACUUACAUGUAUAUCAGCCUAUUAACAAAAUAUGCGUUCCAAAAUGCUUUUGGCCCAGUUGUACAUUUCAGUUAAUCCACUACAUCACUCCUGUGAAGUGAUUAUGGAAACCCUUCUCUUGUCUUCCAUUCUUAAGAUUAAAUGCAUCGGUUAACAUAGUCUGCUCAGUAAAAUAAAAACAAAAAACAAAAAAAAAAACGAAGGUUCCACAUGAGGACAAUGCUAUGUAUUUUUUUCUAAUGCAGAAUCCUACUUUAUUUUUCACCUACAUGAUGGCCUUCACAAAAUAAGGCAGCCAGCAUUUCUAACACAGACAUGAAUGCACGCCACAGAUGCACAUUCAGCCUUUGAAAUGUAUUUUCUGUGGGUCGGUGGGUAGGUGGGAGACUGGACUCGGUGCUUUAAUUUGUGUGUGUGCAUGUUUUGCUACAACUCUGAUGCAGCAGGAAUCGUGUGCAUUCAAUCCUGCUGAUUUGUUUCAAUAAGUAACAAGUGCUCAGAAUGUCUUUGUCUGCAUGUUUGCUUCUCUACUUUUUCCUCUUGCACACAAGUUCUACUAUAGUAGCCACUUGAAAUGUAUCUGAUUAAAUAGUUAGUUGAAAAACCAA